AUGAAGCUCCGGAAUCUAGCUAGCUUGCUCUUUCUAGCUGCGAUCGCAUUUGGCGAUGAGACACCAGCACCAGCAGCUGCUGCUGACGAACAUGUCCACAAAUUUGGCGAUCAAACUGAAAUGAAAGACGAGGCACACAUCAAGCAACACUUUGAAAAUAAAAUCGAUGUUGAGGCGAUGACGGAAGAGCAGAGGAGAUUCCAUUACUUUUCUAUGCACGAUCUUGACAAAGAUGGGAAGAUUGACGGCAUAGAAAUCAUGAAGUCGUUGACACAUUCUCAUGAAGGGGAUCAAGGUGCUGGAACACCAAUUUCUGAUGAGGAUGCUAUGAUUCGGAUGAUUGAUAGUGUUUUGGAACAAAUGGAUAUCAACGGCGAUGGAUACAUUGACUUUGCGGAGUACAUGAAGGUCGGCAAC